AUGGCGGACGAGGAAGGGGCCAUCGGCGACCACCACCCCCGCUUGGCCGAAGUCAACCAGGCGCUGGCCCGGCACCUGAGCGGCCUGCAGGACGAGUCGCGGCAGGCCCGGCUGCGGGCCUUGGCCGGCAUCCGGCAGACGGUGCUGGAGCAGCGCCUCUCGCCGCCCGUGCUGCAGGAGGUCUUCGGCAAGAUGCUGCUCGGGCCGCUGACGCGCUGCCUGGCGGCCGACCCGGCCGAGCGCUGCCGGGAGCUGGCGCUGGAGCUGACCCGCCACGGGCUGAGCAGCGGGAACCGGCCGGGCAAGGCGCUGCCCUUCUUGAUGCCGGCGCUGGCGCGGCGCCUCUGCCUGCCGCGGGGCGACGGCGAGCCGUGCGAAGAGCUCCGCCUCGGCCUCCUGCAGCUCCUCGGCCUCCUGCUCGAGGUGUGCGACGGCGACGCGCUGGCGCCUUUCCUGCCCGAGGUGGUGCGCAUCCUGCACAGCGCCCUGCUCGACCCCUACCCGCAGGCCAAGCGCGAGGGCUGCGCGGGCCUCUCCGCCUGCGCCAAGGCCGUGCCAGAACAUUUUCACAUGCAGUCGGAAAGCUUGAUCAAUCCCUUAAUGCAAGCAAUUUCCCAUCCACACUAUAGAGUCCGUGUUGCUGUCAUUCAGGCCACGGGAGCAGCGAUACAAUUUGGCAAUGCGAAGUCUUUGGAUGAUGUGCUUUCUCACCUAGCCCAGCGGUGUUUUGAUGACAUCCCACAGGUUAGGGAGGCUCUUAUCAGUGUCGUUGGGGAGUGGCUGUUGCAUCUGCGAGAUCGAUAUUCUUAUUUUCACAAGUUAAUCCCUCUGCUACUCAGCGGCCUUACUGACGAAAUACAUGAGAACAAGGAACUGGCUUUAACUUACUGGAAGAAAGUAGGUUUGCAGUGGGAAAAAGAAAACGAAGACGAUAUUAAGGAUAAGCUUGAUUUCUAUGCUGUGCCAUCUUAUUAUCCUCCAGGAUUGGCUCGUCCAGAACUAGGAUGUCGGGAGCUGGUGACCAGAAACAUCUUCAAAAUACUUCCAGGCCUCUGCCAUGAUAUAACUGACUGGGUUGAAGGCACUAGAAUAAAGGCUUCUCAGCUUCUCCUUAUAUUAUUGCAGCAUGUGGAGGACCACAUUACACAACACAUGGAGCUCCUCCUCAGGACCUUGUACCGUGUGUGCUCAGAUGAGGAAAAUGCCGUGGUUACGAAUUGUGUGCAAGCGUCAGAGCUGAUUGGAGCCUUUGUCAGCCCAGCAGUGUCUCUGAAGUUAAUUGUCUCUGACCUCGAAAAAGCGCCCAUGCCUUCUUAUCUCAUGAUUCUAGCAGCGGUUCUACGAGGCUCUCCAAGGAAAGUCCUGCAGCCUCACUUGGUGUUCCUGGCCAACACGCUCUCCCGCCCUGAAAUAAGUCAACGGUCUGAAGAGGUCUUUUACGUGGAGCAGUUGCUUCGCUGUGUGGAAGCCCUCAUUGACGUGUGCCAAGCAGACUGUAAAGAAAUAAGCCUCCAGCUAACAAAGGUUUUGGUAACAAUUACAGCAAUACCAAGUGCUGGACACUUCCACGUGAAGUUAGAAGAGGCAAUGGAUGCAUUGGCUGAGGUGCAGAACUUGGGAGGUGUUGUUGACCUGUACCGGCAACAUAUCACUCAGCUUAUGGAAUGGGUGUCCUUAACUUAUCACAAUUGGAGCUGCUACUCCCCAGAAUUACUGCAGUUGGAUGUAAUCGCCACUCAUUCAGGCCCUGUAAUAGGUGAAGCUCUUCAGGAUUUUAUUACCAUUCUUAAAACAUGCCUGCAGCCAUCCAGAGACCCCCGGAUGCGUCUGAAGCUGUUCACGUGUUUAGGCCAGUUGCUUCAGAAACCCAGCAAGACCAUCAAUUCUCAAGGGCAGUUUUGUAACUACCUUGAGAUUGUGAUAAAAGACAUCCUGGCUCCUAAUCUGCAGUGGCAAGCUGGAAGAACAGCAGCUGCCAUCCGCACGACGGCUGUAGCAUGCCUCUGGGCUCUUAUUUACAGUGAACUGCUCUCUCCAGAAGAGAUGCUGAACGUCGGGGACGCGCUGAUGCCUCAGAUAAUUGCUACACUGGACGAAGAUUCCAAAAUGACACGCUUAUUGUCUUGUCGAAUAAUCCGCGUUUUAUUAGAUGGCUGUGGGAAACAGUUUGAACUCCGCAAAAUUUAUCCAGAACUCUUGAAGCGCUUGGAUGACGUAUCGCAUGAUGUCCGUCUAGCAGCCGCUAAAGCCUUGAUCAGCUGGUUCAGAUGUAUAAAUGAUGACGAAAAUAAAGCCCUAUUGAAAAGCAAUAUUGAGGUCCUCUAUCAGGAACUGCUGGUUCACUUGGAUGACCCUGACCAAAAUAUCCAGUCUGCUGUCUUAGAUAUUUUAAAAGAAGGAGGUAUUCUCUAUCCGGACAUCUUGGCAAAAGAAAUCAAAGCAGUUGUGCAGAAACAUCGCUCUCCAUCCUACUGUGAUCAGUUGUUGCAGCACAUUGAAUCAACAGGCUGGAGAUAUUCUGAAUCAUAAAGGUCUCAGUGGCAAUGCACAAACUCUGCCUUAUAUUACGAAUGGAGUUUUCCACAUGUACCAUACCAAGUUGUCGCUUCAAUAAAUGGAGCUGUUUAAGUGGGUACAGUCUGACUUUCAUAUACCUGUACAAAAAACUCUGAUAGGCAAAAGAUUUUAACUUUUUACAGAAAAUACAUGAAAGACAUGGUCAUGAAUAAGAUUGCUCCCUGUUCAUUUGCUCUACAGUGUUUAUUGAGUCAUUAACACCUCUGCUGUUACACUUAAGAUGCCCAAAAAUGCAAAUUACUAUGUAGUUUGUGAGUUCCAUAUCUCAAAGAAUUGAAGCUCUUUUGUUCAAGGACUUGGUGCCCUCCAGAUCUUUUAGGAAUCUCCAGUAUUCCUAACCAGGUGACUGGAGCUACUGGGAGUUGAAGUCCAAAACAUCUGGAGGGCACCAGUUUGGGGAAGGCUGUUCUAGGCACUCUUGUCUAUAACCCAAGUGUUUACCAAGCAGCAGAAUUAAAAUCUAUUUUUGGCCUUGGCGAUUUUUUGUUGUUGCAAGUACUGCUGUUGUAUUUCUGAAGCGUGAGACAUUUAGAUCCUGGGCCUAGAUUGUCUUUACUGCAAAGAGGAGUGGCAUUGAGCCAUUGUGUCCAUAUGUGCCAGUUUCAAUACGUGUACAAGGUAGUAAACUAUUCAACAACAAAUUGAAAUUUUAGAUAAUCAUACCUAACAUCCUGAGCAUGUAUUGUUAUAUUGCUUUGGAUUACGGUUGGAUAAACACAGUAUUGAUCUGUGAAACAUUAUUUGGGAGUCUGCAUCUAAGGACAGGAUUCAAUAAGGAAAUAAUGAAUUAAAGGUUGGGAAGAACGAAGUAAGUAGUAUUUCUUUCUUGAUUUUCUUUACAAGUUGGCUUGCUGCAAAUGUUUGAUUUCUAUACCUCAGUGCCUUUAUAAAUUGAACCAUUGUUUUUCUUCAUUGGUUUGUGCUGCAACUAAUUGAA